GGGGGGCGGGUGAUGGUGGCAGCGGAGGAGCGGAAGCGAUUUUGGAAUGCAGAAUGCACACCCUUCCCAGAUGAGGCACCCCUACAGCCGAAAAAAUCAAAUGUCAGGACAUCAGUGGCUGCUACUUCAAUUUCCAAUGCGUGGCUUAGGUGUGGGGAUGGUUUUCAGAGCACUUCAGUGCUGGAGUCCUUGAGACCUACUAACAAGAAAUCCAGGAUUAAGAAGCAUCUUGGACCACUGUUAACAUCUGCUGAAAGUGCAGCAGGAUCUGCUGCUGCUGCUGAAAUCUCUAAGGAAGCUGAGGACAUAAUAUGGACCUCUAGUGGCAGUGAUUUUUCAGAUGAUGAAAAUAAAACAUUGAUUCCAAGGUUACACAGCAAAAAAAGUCACGCUUCCAAAACAGAGAAAUCACCUAGCAGACCUGAUUUAUUGUUAGAGGACAGUAGUAGUGAAGAUGAAUCAGAGUUCAUUGAUUGGGAGAAGGAUAGCGAUUCCACUGAUAGGUGCGAUGGAGCAGAAAAAGAUGACAGCUCACUGGAGAUAUCAGACUCGGACUCUUGCACAAAUCUUAAUUCUCUGCCUGUCAAAGAGGAGAAUGAUGAGCUUUGUAAGACAACUUUGACAGAAAUUUCUGAGUAUUCAUCUGACAACAACAGCGUGGGAGAAGGAGAGACGGGCCUGGUGACCACUACUCCAGGAUCCACUGAGAGAUUAUGGUCAAGGUCAGGAGUGGACACGGGGGAUGUUACAGCACGACCGGCCAGCGAGUGGCUGAGGUCUGCACAGGCCCUUCUCCGCACCCCUGGGAAGCAGGCGGGCAGCCCCCGAGCCCCUGCUGAGUCCGCGAAGAAGAGGAAGCUACUGAGGGGUGGGCUAGCUGAGAGGUUAUGUCGACUGCAGAACAGAGAAAGAUCUGCCAUUAGCUUUUGGAGGCAUCAGUGUAUUUCAGAUGCUAAAAUCGCCUCAGAUAAAUCUGGUGUCUUAAUUGUGAAGAUCUUAGAAAUGUUUGAGGAGUGUACAAUACAAGUUGCCAUCUGCCAGCAGCUGGAACAGUCUCCUGCUAUGCUUUCAUCUGAGGAUGCUGUCAUCAAUGCAGGAGAACCAAUACUCAAAGUCCUCUUUGCGAGAGAGACAGCAGCUCACCUGAAGAGCGGGCCACAGGAUGUCAUCCACAUCUACCCUCCAUGGCAAAAACUGCUUCUCAGAAAUGCAGAUGUUCCUGUUAUCAUGAAUACAUAUUUUAGUCAGAAGGUGCUACUCAGUGAACAUUCAGAAACAAGAGAGAAGACAUACGGUCUUACAAAGAUGCUUAUUAGGAAGAACAUUAUAUCUUUGGCACAGACGUUCAGACUGGAUGACGUUGGUGAUGAGUUAUGCCAGGUAUCUUCAGAUAAUCAGGUUGCUUGUGCUCCACAAAUCCAUAACAACUGUGAUUCGAAACAGCAUCCCUUAGCACGGAGCGCUGUUAAUGAUUCUCUGCUUGAAAUGGUGGAAAGCCAGGGAGCAGUGGGAUGGAAAGAAGCACAGGUACAAGUCGUUAUCCAAAGGGUGUACUGUUUGCCUGCAAGAGAAGGUCACAGAAGCCACGUUCAAGGAAACAAGCCUCUUUGUGCAACACCCAUCAUAAAUUCAGAUCCACCAAAUGUUAGGUUAUGCCUCCUUGUCCAGGAUGCCUAUGGUAUGUUCAGUGAAGUGCAGUUGCAGUCCCUGAGUUCUGCAGAUGACAUUGGGCAGUAUUGCAGGAGAUGGGAAGGAAAAUUCUGCUGCUUAGCUGGAAUGAAAAUUUUGCAAAGAACUACAAGAGGAAGGGCAUUAGGACUUUUUAGUCUGAUAGACAGUCUGUGGCCUCCAGUAGUGCCUGUAAAAGUUCUUGGACAAAGUCAAGACUCUGAAAAGAUGACAGCUAAUCUUCCUCCUCCCAGCUUCUGUUAUAUUCUUACUGUUCAGUCUGGUGAAAUACAUGUGGAAGUGGAUGAGGAAGAACAGAUUUCUAAUUUGUACCAGCCACCAGCUGUUCAUGGUCUAAAGGAAAUUCUUCAGAUCGAUGGUUGUAAUGAACGUUGUAGCUUUUGGGCGCAAGUGCUAUAUCUAAGGCUGCAGACAAAACACAGUGUUCCUGUAAAUCAAAGAGAGAUUUGGUUGUUUGUGACUGACUCCACAUUGCAAAACGUGGUUCAUAUGAUUCCAAAAGUUGUUGCUGUGUCAGUCGCUGCAUCAUGUGUUCUCAGUACGGAAAUCACAGAAGCCCUCAGUGUUGCCUCGCAACAGAUCUUCUUCAAGGAUGCACUGUGGGGAAAUGGUAGGAUUAUUUGUGUUGAACGUACUGUUCUCUUAUUACAAAAGCCUCUUUUGUACUCGGCUGCCGGUGCUGACCUCAGUGAGCUGACUGGCCCUGUCAGACUUGAUGAGCUGGAUUCUACAACACAGGCCAACUCCGUGUGUGCUGUAAGAGGUACUGUUGUUGGCGUUAAUGAGAGCACUGCUUUCUCCUGGCCUACAUGCGACAGAUGUGGCAGUGGAAAGUUGGAACGGUGUCCCCAGGACAGAGGAUUGCUAUAUUGCAACCAGUGCGCUGAAGUUGUCAUUUCACCGGUUUUGAAAAUGCAGCUGGAAGUCUUCUUGAGUUGUCCAUCCCGAUCUCAAAGUACAGUAAAAGUAAAGCUGUUACAAAGGACAAUCUCUUCUCUCCUCAUGUCUUCCGCCAAUGAGGAUGGGAGUUAUGAGGUGCAGAGCGUGCUGGGAAGGGAGGUGGGGUUAUUGAACUGCUACGUCCACUCCGUAACCAGCCACCCCAACUGCGUUGCACUGGAGGAAAUCGUUCUUCUGGAAGCAGGAGCAAGACACUGAGCUGAACUCUAGUCAGCCACUAUAGUAUCUGUGGACUUUGUAAUGUGGUUAUCUGUUAACUAGUGCCACAGAUAAUGUAUAAUGCAAGUGUGAUAAGUAUUAAGAUAGUUUAUUAAAACUGCGAUUUACAAAGCACAUCGUGCUAACACUGAAAAAAUACCUAUAUAAAAAAAUCUGUUCAACUUUCUGAACUCUUCUUUUUCGGAUCAGUUCAGAAUUAAGAAUACAGUUCUUUGGCGUGUUUGCUGUUUAUGUAUGUGAAACAUCGUGUUCUGGAAGUUUUGAAUGGUUGUGAAUUUUUUUAUAAUACUGUAUUUAUUAUAUGUCGAUGGAAAAUAUUUUACUGAUAUUUUUGAAAUAAAUACCUUGCUAUAGGCAGUGAACAUUGGUCUAAGCUGAGUUUUAUCAGCGGAUUCCAGACGUACCGCCGGCUGCAAAACACCACGUUGUGCAUGAAUUCUGAGUUCUAACGUUUGUUAUUGCCUUGCAAUAAAUGCUAUAAAGAUGGAGAUUUAAACAAAGCUUAUAUUUU